UUCCGUGGGUUUUGUUCCCCCCCUCCCACCCCAGCUAGAAACACCGUGUAGAAGCCAUGUCUGUAGCGGGGCUCAAGAAACAAUUCCACAAAGCCACCCAGAGGGUGAGUGAAAAGGUUGGAGGGGCUGAAGGAACGAAGCUUGAUGGAGACUUUACUGACAUGGAAAAGAAGGUGGACACCACCGCCAGGGCAGUGAUGGAUAUCAUGACUAAGACUAAUGAGUAUCUACAACCCAACCCAGCUUCCAGAGCCAAGUUGAGCAUGAUGAACUCCAUGUCGAGGAUCCGAGGCCAGGAGAAGGGACCGGGCUACACACAGGCUGAGACCACCCUGGGAGAGUCCAUGCAGCGGUUUGGCCGAGAGCUUGGAGAGGAUUCUAACUUUGGUCUUGCACUGAUUGAUGCUGGGGAGGCCAUGCGUGAGCUUGGGGAGGUGAAGGAUGCCCUGGAUAUGGAAGUGAAGCAGAACUUCAUUGAUCCACUGCAGAACCUCCAUGACAAAGAUCUCAAGGAGAUCCAACAUCACCUGAAGAAAAUGCAGGGUCGUCGUCUGGACUUUGACUACAAGAAGAAGCGUCAGGGCAAAGUGACAGAUGAUGAGAUCAAGCAAGCGCUGGAGAAAUUUGACGACUCCAAGGAGAUUGCUGAACAGAGCAUGUUCAAUUUAUUGGAGAGCGAUCAAAUUGAACAGGUGAGCCAGCUCUCCGCACUGGUCCAGGCCCAGGUGGAAUACCACACCAGGGCUGCUGAAAUCCUCACACAGCUCUCCAGCAAGAUUGACGAACGGAUAAGGGAUGCAUCUAUCAAACCUAGGAAAGAGUAUAUUCCUAAACCACGUACUUCCAUGGACUUUUCCAUCAGUGAGAACCACAAUGGAGGCAUCCACAGUGGCGCUGCUAGGUCCCCAGCCCCCAUGGACCAGCCAUGCUGCCGCGCACUCUAUGACUUCGACCCUGAGAAUGAAGGCGAGCUAGGCUUCAAGGAGGGCGACAUCGUCACCCUGACCAAUAAGAUCGAUGACAACUGGUAUGAGGGGAUGCUGCAUGGCAACUCGGGCUUCUUCCCCGUCAACUACGUGGAUAUCCUGGUGCCGUUGCCUCACUAG